AAAAGAUGUCUCUGGUCUCACAUUGCAAAAGCCAGGGAGAGUGAUUACAUAAAGCAACAGGUUCAGAGCAUCUUUGGUUGUUACUUUUAUUUAACUAAGAAAGCAAAUGAGAAUAGAUUUUCAUUUGCACAGUAAUGAUGACCGAGCCAAAGACGAUUUCAAGGCAACACUCAGUUCCACAAACAAAACAAUAUGUACAACGGAACGGAAAAGAUCUUAUUCUGGAAGAGUUGGCCGUCAACUUGUCUGGUCCACAGUCGGCUCCCUGCAAUACGGAGAGUGAUACAGCCAACACACAUGAUCAGGUCCCAAAGGGAUGUCCUGUUGCUCUCCCUGCAAAGAAAGGGAAGGAACCAGAUAGCACCAAUGUAUACAGUGAGUUACCAGCUCCAGUGGAGGCCGGUCUCCUGAGCCCUUGCUCUGCUACCAAAGAGCUCGACUCCAUAAUGGAAGACUUGCUGUUUGGCCUGGAGAUGAGGCUCCCAGACCCUUCCCCUCCAUCAACCCCCACGCCAGAAGGCCAGAGCUCAGUCAAACAAAAACAUGUUGGACAAAAGAAAGAAAAGGAUAACCCGCAAGUCAAAGAGGAGAGCGCCAACAGCCCAGUGACGUCUGAUCAGGAGUGCAAGGCAUCAACAAAGAGGAAAACAGAUGCCAUAGAUGAUCUUCUGGGAGACCUGAGCACGGAUAUGGAGAAGAUGGGUGUACGAACUGUAGCCAAGGGACACUGUGCUUCCUGUGGCAAGGUCAUCCUGGGAAAGAUAGUCACAGCACUGGGCCAGACGUGGCAUCCAGAGCACUUUGUCUGUGUGGUGUGUAAGGCUGAGCUGGGCACCAGAGGCUUCUUUGAGAGAGAGGGGAAGGCCUAUUGUGAUGAAGACUACAAGCAUCUCUUCUCACCUCGCUGUGGUUACUGCAAGGGCCCCAUUACACAGAACAUCCUGACAGCGAUGGACCGAACCUGGCACCCAGAGCACUUCUUCUGUUCCCAUUGUGGGGAGCUCUUUGGGUCUGAAGGUUUUCUGGAGAAUGACGGGAAGCCAUACUGUCACAGAGACUUUUACCAUCUUUUUGCACCAAAGUGCUCUGGCUGCGGACAGCCUGUGAGGGAGAACUACCUGACCGCUGCCAAUGGCACCUGGCAUCCCGACUGCUUUGUCUGUUCAGACUGUUUGAAGCCCUUCACUGAUGGUUGUUUCCUGGAGCUGGAUGGUCGUCCCCUGUGCUCCAGGCACUACCACUCCCGCCAGGGAACACUGUGCGGGGGCUGUGGAGAGCCCAUCUCUGGCCGCUGCAUCUCGGCUAUGGAGCGCAAGUUCCAUCCUGAGCACUUUGUGUGUGCCUUCUGUCUACGGCAGCUCAGUCAGGGAGUGUUCCAGGAGCAGGCAGGGAAACCUUACUGCUCAGUCUGCCACUCUAAACUGUUUUUAUGAGAGUUAUACUGUAAUAACGUUACCCAUGCAGUAGCAACAGAAUAGAACAGAAGAUAAUUAAUUUACCCGGAUUUAAUGUGUAGUAUCCGAAAAUCCCCAUCAAAUCAUUAAAGUAAUAUCGGCAUGGAUAAAAGGAAACAAAAUAAGCUCAAUCUUUUGUUACAUGGGGAUAUAUAACCACUUGUUGAAAUGAUCAGGAAUGUGUAAACUGUGCAACAAUUUCUUUUUAAUUGGCAGCCCCAACAGAAUUAGCCCGGCAUGAAAAAAUAUGUCUCAGGCAUUUUAUCAAACUAUGCAAUAGUUAACUUAAGAUUUCUUAAGGUCUAUGAUGAUUUCUUAAUGUCAUUCAUUAUGAUCACUAAACAUUCAGAGACAGAGAAGGAAUAACACCAAUCAGUGGAAUUUUCCUGUAGGAGGAAAUUCAAUGGGUCGCAUAGAGAUGUCCUCGGUACCGUGGGUUCCAUAGAGAUGUCCUCUGUACCAUGGGUUCCAUAGAGAUUUCCUUGGUACCAUGGGUUCCAUAGAGAUGUCUUCGGUACCAUGGGUUCCAUAGAGAUUUCCUUGGUACCAUGGGUUCCAUAGAGAUGUCCUCAGUGCCAUGGGUUCCAUAGAGAUGUCCUCGGUACCAUGGGUUCCAUAGAGAUGUCCUCUGUACCAUGGGUUCCAUAGAGAUUUCCUCGGUACCAUGGGUUCCAUAGAGAUGUCCUCAGUACCAUGGGUUCCAUAGAGAUGCCCUUGGUACCAUGGGUUCCACAGAGAUGUCCCCAGUACCAUGUGUUCCAUAGAGAUGUCCUCAGUACCAUGGGUUCCACAGAGAUGUCCUCAGUACCAUGUGUUCCAUAGAGAUGUCCUCAGUACCAUGGGUUCCAUAGAGAUGUCCUCAGUACCAUGGGUUCCAUAGAGAUGUCCUCAGUACCAUGGGUUGGUAGAGGAGGGAACCACCCUGGCAGACCUGAAGCUGCUUUCCGACUGUUGUUUAUCAAGAGACUUCUCUAUGGAUUUAUAUUGACAUAUUCUCCUUGGCACCAAAUCACCUAACAAGCCCUGUGAUGAUCACUCCUGGCUUCCUAUUGUGCUUUUCUCAAUAUACUGUAAUAUUAUACAGUAUUUAUUUACUAUAAGAUUUAUGGUGGUGUUUUUUGGAAGAUUUUAAAGUUCUUAUUGUAAUGUAUUGCUUUUGUAUACUGUAGUACUUGCUGUAAUCCCUUUGCCGAUGUAUUUUAUACAUACAAAUACAAUGCACUUUUGCAAAUAACUGAAAGCAACUGAACAGAAUAUUUACGUAACUAAAAGUUCAGUUGCUUUCAUGUAACUGCAAGCAACUGAACUGAAACUUUAACUGAACCUUUGAAUUUAGUUUUGUUUCUGCUAAAUAUAACAGAAAAUGAAUGUUUUUUUCAUGUAAUUCUCUUUAUGUAAUUCAAUCAAUCAAUAAAUCAAAUGUAUAA